AUGUCCACCUCCUCGCGACGAUCCUUCACACCCAAUCGUCGCGUCAAAAGUAGCAGCAGGGACAUAGCCAGAAGUAGAGCUUCCUCUCGCGCUGCCGCACGCCCCCAGCACUUCGUCGUCGAGCAUGAAGAGGCCAGGAGCUUCGCCCUUCGCACCGCCUACCUUCACUACCUCUUGCAGCCUCGAGCCAAACGCAAGCAGUAUGUUCCCGCACCAAAGCCGCCCUCCCGAUCUCACUCGAGCGUUGGCCAGCUCGUCCAGGAACAUAUUUCGGGAAGCUCAACAAGCUUGAAGCUGCCAAGCAGCUUCCCAACCCAACUUCUCGAUCGUGUUGGCGGCGUCAUACGGGGCAGCGAACCCCUCCCUGGCUUCAGCGAUGCUGCUGUCAAACGAAGCUUCGCCGAGGCGUACACGGCCUUCUCCGAGAAGAACUUUCGCAGAACCAUUGAAAAGGAGAGGAAGUUUGAGCCUCUGGUUCUCAUGUUUUACUCCUCUGCUACCAAGGCGGCCCAAAAGGGCAAAGCCUCCGACGAUGAUUCGUGGAAGUUGCUUCCGGACCGUCACCUGGCAAUGUUUGUGAGGCUUACCACGCAUAUCUUGCGAGAACAGGGACAUGACCGAGACCGUGCCGACUUGCUAUCAAGGCUGGCGUCUUUGGAAAAGAAGCUGUUGACCAAUGACCAAAACUUGGUCGACAGUGCCCAGGACGGCAAGGGCAAAACCAUUGAAGUUGUCGUGCCCCUGACCUACGACGUCAAGGACAUGCCAAUGGUGCAAGUCGUUGCGGGCAUCUUUGGCAUGAGUCUGUCCGAGGUUCAGUCGGAAAUCAAUCAACAUCGCCAAACUUGGACAGAAGAAGCCGCGCUGAAGGAUCUCAAGUCGUAUCAACACAGGCUCAACACUGACAUGCCUGGCGCACUGAGAAGUCAAGACUUUGACCUUGAUGAUGCUUUUGUUGAGUGGAAAAAGUCAGAGUCACCUCAUUUGUCGCAAAUGAUGCUCGACAUCUUGACAGCCAGGCCGGAACUGGCCAAGACUUCGUCAGGUAACUACGAAAAGCAGCCACACAGUCGGCCACAGUCUGUGAUUGGUAAUGACCAGGCCUACGCCGACGUCAGUCGCGCCAUAUCUGCACAAGAUGGCGGAGCAAACGCCUCCGAUGCAGCCGCCAGCCUAGCAAAUCUGUCAAUUGGUAGUGAGACAAGCAGCAUCCGGACCGUUGAAGAGACUAUAUUCACAUUUAUUCCCCCUGAGCCCAGGGAAUUUUACAAAUACAUCCUACAACACGCCGUCACGUUUGAUCAGCUGCAUGCAGAUCCAGCAUUGGAGUACAAACCGCUUUCCAAGCAGUCCGUGGAGCUUUUGACCGAACUCUGUGUCCGUUGGCGCAUCCCACAGUUUUCACGCUUGAUUGCUUUACUGGAAGUGGCCGCUCGCAAGUUCUUGGACCAAGAAAUUGUUCCUGAGGAGCUGGAUGCCAUCUUUGACUUUGUCAAGUCCCCGAUGCCAGAGGUCAGAAAGCCGCCUCACAUCACACAUUACGCUACUCCAUUGAGUGAAAUCGACACUAGUCGGUGGACCAUGCACGAUUUUGCAGUCUACAAACAAACAUUUCACAGCUUACACGAUGCGCUGUUGCGAGAACUGUAUGAUCUCAUGGAGCAGUGUUACGACUCCAAGCCUCCGAACAUUGCAGCCGUCAUGUUCCUACUUGAGAAUCAUAUUGGUAGCGACCCGACCUUCUCUCCGCGGCCCGACGCCUUGGCUGAAUUUUCAGACCAUCUCGCCCAGGGACUGUGCCAAAGAGCAGCUGACGUCUAUCGAGACUACAUGCAAAAGGAUAUACCGGCCCACAAAGAGGAAUGGGACUUUGCCCACGUGAUCCAGUUGGGCAAGUCGGUGACCAAACUCUGCGACCGGAUCCGCAAGCGAUACAAGAACAACAUGGAGAUUAUGGGGGUGAGUCCUCUGUCGAUUCUUGUCCAAGAAGUGUUACCUAGCUUUGAGAAGGACGCUGGGGCUAUUAUCGAGACGAUUAUGAGAGGCGCAGACGAAGCGAGCGAAGAGCUUCCUAUCCGAGAUGGCUUUGACUUGUACAAGGAAUUGGUCGCCAUCCGUCGAAUCCACCUCGAGUCGCUUGGUGAUGUGCCCUUCGAGUUUGACCUCGAAGAUCUUCUUGUAAAUUUUGUAUGGCGCUUCAUCCGCGCGGCAGAGGAGAAAGUCAACGGCUACGUUGACGAGGCCAUCAAGAAAGACGACUUUCGGGUCCGGAGUCAGGGCACAGAGCACAUUCCGCUCGACUCAGAGCGACAUAGUGUGUCCGUGAUUGAUCUUUUCAGAAUCCUGAACCAGACGGUGGACCAAGUGGUCAGCUUGGGAUGGAAUAAUGAUGAACACAAUGCAAGAUUCAUGACAUCUCUGGCGCGGACCGUUGCUACGGCUGUCGGACGAUACUGCGAGGUUGUUGAGCAAAAGUUUGCCAAAGAAAUGGAUCGUCCAUCGGCGGAGGAAAUUGCCGCCCAGAGCAGAACAACGCAGGAGAAGUGGAUGCAAUACGCGAAAGAUGCUUGGAGCAACAAGGAGAAGAUCGAACCUUUUCAAUUUUACCCCGAGUCCUUUGUGAAGCUAAAUAAUGUGGAAUUUGCCAUGCAAGAACUGGACAAGCUGGAGAAGAGCAUGAACUCGGAAGCUUGUGCUACUCUCCUUGAGAAAAUAGACGGCCCUAGGAAGAAGGCUCGCAAACCGAGCAAGUACACCUUUACGGUCAAGGUUGUGGAGGCGGAGGAUCUCAAGGCCUGUGAUCCGAAUGGAUUCAGUGAUCCCUAUGUCGUCUUUGGCGACGAAUAUCAGAAGCGACUACACAAAACGCGCAUCAUUUAUAGGAAUCUCAACCCCCGUUGGGACGAGUCGUUCGAUGUCACGGUUCAGGGACCAGUCAAUGUUAUUGCCACCAUCUGGGACUACGAUACUUUCGGUGAUCACGACUACGUUGGGCGCACGUCACUUAAGCUGGAUCCAGUGCACUUUGGCGACUACCUUCCCCGGGAGUUCUGGCUGGACCUGGAUUCUCAGGGCCGGCUUCUAAUUCGGGUCAGCAUGGAAGGGGAGCGAGAUGACAUUGAGUUCCAUUUUGGCAAGGCCUUUCGCCAUCUCAAAAGAACGGAAAGGGACAUGCUCACGCAACAAAUUAAUGAUACGUUGUCUCUAGAGACGCUACGAAAUCUUCUGGGUAUGGGUGGAAUUGGCGCUUCUGUGACUAGUCUGUGGAAGAAGCGAGCCUCGAUUGCGGUCACGGUCACACCAAGCCAGAUUGAGGGUGCACUCGCUCGUCUCUUUACGUACUUUGACGAGAACUUCGCCAUCAUGAAGCAGACUUUGACCGACGCAACCAUGAUAGCAGUCAUGACCAGGUUGUGGAAGGAAGUUCUCAUGACCAUCGAAAACCUGCUGGUUCCCCCCUUGUCGGAUAAGCCAUCGACCAAGAAGUCCCUGACGAGGAAGGAGUUGGAUGUUGUGUAUUACUGGCUGGAAAUGCUUUUCAACUUCUUCAACGCCAAGGACGAGCAUUCCGGUGAACAGCUGGGUGUGCCUGCCGAGGUGCUCAAAUCGCCUAAGUGGCACGAGCUUGCGUCUCUGAACUUCUUUUACUUUGAGGACAGCAGCAACUUGAUACGGGAGUCAGAACGGAUGGCCUCAGCCACGGCACAGCGAGCACAACAAGCCCUGCUGCAGCAGACACCGCAGCAGAAUCGCAUGUCCGCUCCAGCUAGUUUCGGCGCAUCGUUUGGCGGUGCUGGAGCGUUUGCAAGUAUGGGCACUAUCAGGCGCGGGAAGAGCAUCAUGAUGAAUCGCAACUUGGGCACGAUGCGCAAAGCUAAGGAGGCCAAACGACGCGAGGCUCAGGCCGAUCCCAGCGACGACAUGAUCUUGCGUAUUCUCAGAAUGCGACCCGAAGCGGCGCAGUAUCUGAAGGAGCGGCAUCGCCAACGGGAACGCCAAGCGGCAACGGUUGCAGCGGCGCUAAUUGUCAAGAAUAGUGUCAGCCAGACCUGGCAGACGGGAGGAGCGUUUGGAGCAGGACAUUUUGGAAGAUCCAACCUACCCAGGAGGUAG